AGUGAACCUGAAUAUCGAGAAUGGCUUUCAGCUUAUCUCUUCGUCGUGCCCUCUCUCUCUUCUCUCCUCUGCAGUUCUCCUCUCGUUUUGAGAUGCGGCUCUUAUCCUACACCUUUCACUCAGAGGAACUCUCUGAAGCUCCAGAGGCAGAGCUAGGGUUUUCAGAGACCCCAAAACCUUCACUUCCUUCACUGCAGACCUCCACAGAUGCAGACUUAGUUUCCGAGAUCUUAAUCCAGCACCAUAAUCCAUUCCACACAAUGGAAUCCUCUCUGCAACUGAACGGAAUCAGGGUUACUCCUCAUCUGGUUCACCAAAUUUUAAUUCGACUUAAGAAUGUCUCGAAGAUUGCGCUUGGGUUCUUCGUUUGGGCCAAAGAUCAGGCGAAUUACAAGCAUGAUACAGCUGCCUAUGAUCUGAUGAUCGAUAUCUUGGGAAAAGUUCGGCAAUUUGAUGUCGCUUGGCAGUUAAUUAUUGAGAUGGAUCAACAAAAUCUGAGACUCACUUCCAAAACUUUUGGAAUUCUGAUUCGUAGGUUAGUGGCUGCAGGGCUUACUCGGCAAGCGAUUCGUGCCUUCGACGACAUGGAGAGUUUGAUAGAGAAGGAAGCAGACCCAGAAGACUUUCUUUACCUUCUUGACACCCUGUGUAAAUAUGGAUACGUGAAGGUUGCUACGGAGAUUUUCAACAAACGGAAAUUCAGAUUUGAACCCGACAUGAAAACUUAUACCGUUCUGAUUUACGGAUGGUGUAAGAUAAAAAGACCCCAAAUGGCUGAGAAAUUCUUUAGAGAAAUGGUGGAUCGUGGAUAUGAACCAAAUGCUGUUACCUACAAUGUUUUAUUAGAUGGGAUUUGCAGGAGGGCAAGCUUGCACCCUGAUGACCGGUUUGAGAGGACCGUUCAAGCAGCAGAGAACUUGUUCGAUGAAAUGCGGAGGAGAGGAAUAGAGCCUGAUGUCACUAGCUACUCUAUCGUACUUCAUGUUUAUAGCCGAGCUCAUAAACCAGAUUUAACUUUGGAUAAGUUAAAUCUGAUGAAGGAGAAAGGAAUUUGUCCAACAGUGGCAACCUACACUUCGGUUAUUAAAUGCCUCUGCUCCUGCAGUAGACUCGAAGAUGCCGAAGAGUUGCUCAAUGAGAUGGUCGCUAAUGGAGUAAGCCCUUCUGCUGCAACUUAUAACUGUUUCUUUAAGGAAUAUAGAGGAAGGAAGGAUGCAGAUAAUGCUUUGAAAUUGUAUAGGAAGAUGAAGGAUGGAUCUUCGUGCACUCCAACUAUGCACACAUACAAUAUAUUAGUGGGCAUGUUUUCGAGGUUAAAUCAGAUGGAAAUUGUGCAGGAGAUAUGGAAUGAUAUGAAGGAAAGUGGGGCUGGUCCAGAUUUGGAUGCAUAUACCUUGUUGAUUCAUGGGUUGUGUGAGAAACAGAAGUGGAGGGAGGCUUGUCAGUUCUUUGUGGAGAUGAUAGAGAAGGGUUUUCUUCCACAGAAGGUUACAUUUGAGACGCUCUAUCGAGGUUUAAUACAGUCUGAUAUGUUGAGGACCUGGAGAAGAUUGAAGAAGAAACUUGAAGAAGAGUCUAUAACAUUCGGUUCUGAAUUUCAGCUCUACCAUUUCAAGCCUUAUAGGAGGUGAUAUGCCAAGUCUAGUAUGGUAGUAUCUCAACUCGUCCUACAGAAAGUGCUAACCAGCUGAUCCAGUUUAAAAGAUUGUCAAAUGGAUGAUGGUACUCUUGUGCUAGCUUUAUCUGGAUUCUGAGGUGUGAAACUAAACUGGGAAUGGCUCAAUCAUGGCAUUGCCAAGAAUAGCGGUAACGAGUUCAAGCUUGGGAGAAGCUUAUCAUUGA